UCACAUAUGACUCUGGGGGGGAAAAAAUACACCCAAAAAACUUUCCCAUAUGUAUUAAACAUGUUUAACUAUUUCUUCUUACUCCCCACCCAGCCUAAAUUCGCCUAUAUAACGAGACGAGAUUGCUCCAGAAAUAAGCAGCCACUCCCGCGGGGUCUCUUGAAUCACUGAGAAGCCAAGAAGGACCCACCAGCAUCAUGAGCACCAGAUGUCUCUCCGUCCUCCUGCUGCUGUUCCUGGCCGCCCAGUCUCUCCUGAGCAAAGUGCGCUGCAGUCCAACGUGCAACAACUAUUGUUGUCGCUUCGUCGAGACUUUCCCCGGCAGGCUCAGGAGGCUGCGAGAAGACUACGUGCAGAUCAGGGACUUUUACGAAGCAAACGAUGACCUGGACACUGCGCUGCUUGACCAAACUGUCGAGGACUCUUUCAGAACGCCGUUUGCCUGCCACGCCAUGCACAGCAUACUGGACUUUUACCUGGGGACGGUUCUGCCCGCAGCGAUCACCGGGAUGCCAGAGGACACCAAGGAGUUGAAACCUUCUGUGGAGUCCAUACAGCUGAUAUUCGAUGACCUGAAGAAAAGUGUAGCCAAAUGUAGGAAAUACUUUGGCUGCCAGAAGCAGUUUGACAUCAUAAAACUGAAUACGUCAUACAGCCAGAUGGAGAACAACGGAGUGUACAAGGCCAUGGGCGAGCUGGACGUGCUCUUUAACUACAUCGAGACAUACCUGGCUUCUAAACGUCAUAGGAACCACGCCCUGUCCUUGUAAAAAAUCUCGCUGACCCUCAUCAAUGUGAAUUUGCUCAUUUUGGGAAGAAACAAUAGUUGGGUACAUUUAAAUGCUUUUUUUUUUUAAAUAUAUACCACUUGUGUGAGUGGCAUGACUCUGCUAGACUGAUGGACAACACUGUAUGUGCCUCUUGAAACUCUCCGCUUUGGAAUCAUAUUGAGUCCUAUGUGUCAGCUGGAAUAUUUAUUGUUUUAAUGUACUUUUCUAUUUAUUUUCAAUUUGUAGUGAAUAAAGGAUUUGCCAGCA